AUGGAAUCCGUAGUAAAGGUAGGCCGAAGUGUUGGUGGGGGAUUUUUCAGGGCAGCGGGUGCCGUUUUAAGGGGCACGAGGCGCGUUUUAGCGGCUAUUCCACUUCUAGGUAUUAUCAUUAAGGAGGAUAUCGAUAAAGACACGGGUGGCGAAGAAGCAGAGAAUCCAGAAGCAGUGAGUCCCGCUGAGGACAAAUCAGCCAGCAGUCCAACAGAUUCAGUUCCGGAGUCAAAGACCGAGGAGCCGGCUUCCCCCGCAGCAGUGACCUUGAGUCCCGCUGAGGAGAAGAAAGAAGCACCCUCAUCUCCUGCCCCAACUCCCGCCCCCGAGGCUGUGAAAGAGGAGCCCGAAGUGCCGGUCGAGAAAGUCGAGGUCAGUCCAGGUCCAGCGCUGGCCGCCAAGUUCCCAUCACCACCACCAUCACCAAAAAUUUCACCACCGAUAUGUUCUAUCACUGAGAGGAAAACCACUGAGGACUUUCCCUCCUUUGCUCCCACCAGUCCACCACCUACCCCCAUAGACCCAUCCCCCCUCCAGCAGGCACAGCAGGCUGCCCCAAACGCCACUGCUCUCGCAGAAGCUCUUAAACCCGCUCUUACUAAUAUCGAUUCGCUGCCCAUCACUAACACCACUUCUGACAGUGAAAACUCAUCUAAUCUUCAUGAUAAACUCCUAGAAAACUCCUUCAUUGAAAUCCAAGAAGUUGACAACAAAAUGGCUGAUCUGCCCGAAAUAGACGCCGUUCCUGAUGUCGUUGAAAUAGCUCCCGAUGUUGCCGACAUAGUGGAAGCCGUUCCCGACAUUGCCGAUACAAUGGAAGUCGAGACUGAGGUUAUUGAAGUAGUUCCUGAGAUUGUAGUUGAGACUGAAGUUGUUGAGGUUGAUGCAGUUCCUCCAGUAAACGCUGUUCCUGAAGUUAUUGAAAUCACUGAGCUGGAAGAAAAAAUUACCGAGACUCCACAGGUUCAAGAAAUUCUGGUACCUGAAAGUGUUGGAGAAAUUAUUGCCGAAAAUAUUAAAGAAACUGCUGAAGAAGUUGAAAAAGUAUGUGAAAGAUUUGAUUUAAAAAAAGUCACUGAAGAAAUUAGUGACAUCCUUGGUCAAGUUGAACAAACUAGUGAAGUAAUUAAAGAAGACUGUGAAAAAAUUGAAGACUUGAAAGUAAAUGUUGAGGAAAAAGUCACUCAAGAAAUUAAAGCUGCUACUGAUGAGGUAGUUGAAAAAAUUGAAGAGAUAAAAGAAACUGUUGAAGAAAAAAUGGAAGAAACUUGUGAAAAAGUUAAAAAUUUAAUGACCACUACGGAAGAUGUUGAAGCAGAUAUACCUCCUCCGUUACCAGAGUCGCCGAUUCCAGUACCAAAAGCAUCUGCAGAUUUAAUGAACUUUAUUGCAUCACAAAUUUCAGAAGAUUUUGGUUUAUCAGAAGAAUUACUACCACCACCACCAAUAAGUGGAUUAGAGCAAGAGUUGGACAAUCUACCGGUACCUUUGGAUCCGAGUAAACAGGCACUGAGACUGGAUAAAAAUGAAGAAGAAAGAACAGUUAGUGAUAAUGAAGCUCCUAGUCCCUUAAGUCCGACAGAAGACCUCUUGUCACCGCCUGUCAAUCCCAAUCCAUCCGUAGAGUCCUCGCGGGAUAAAGUUAACGGAUACAAAGAUAUUGAGACGAUUGAAGGAGUCAAUGGAAAUGGACAUGUUGAUGUUAAUGGCGAUGGCGAGUACGAUCACGAAUCGGCAACUAAAGACAGUUUGUUCCAGAAUAAUCAUCAGAGCAUACCAGAAGCUGAAGCUCCCGUUGAAAAUAACGUAGCUGAAAAAACGGAAACUGUUGAGGAAGAAACUAAAAUAGUACCACCCGUCGUUGAACCUCCAGCAUCACUUGGACCCGCUAUCACUGAAGAUGUUACUUCUGUAACUAAGGCUGUCGAAGAGAUCGAUAUCAAUGAAAAAGCUGUUGCAGCGGCUGUAAACGAAAACAUUGAAGCUGUUAACAAGAAUGAAAUAAUUGCCGAAAUGAAUCAUCAGAACAAUAUCAACGAAUAA